AUGACGUACCGUGUGUUGGGCUCGCCGUAUGCGUUGGUGCUCCACCAGCACGUGGCGUACCUGCGACUGAAGCGGCUCCCCUUCAAGGUGUACUGCCGCACGUUCACCACCACUCUGUUCUAUGCACUGGUGUAUCGCGCCCGUAACUCGUUCUGCACGGUUACCCCGGAUGGAAAGUCGUACCUGCAGUUGUGGCAGUUAGUGGACGCGGUGGAGCGAGCCAGCGCGCUGCAGCACCAGGAAGAGACGAUAGUUGUGAAGAAGCGCACUCAUCCAAAGAUUCAUCUGGUGAGCUGGACUGUAGUUCUCUACGCGUCGUGGUGGCUGUGCAAAACAGGGGCCAUGUAUCGCUGGAUCGAUGGCGACAGUGUCGACGUCGUGGAGGGUUAUCUUCGUUACUUCUUUCUCGUCCCCGGUAUCGGCAUGUCCCGCGCCAUUGUGGGGCCAUUUCGCCAGGCGAUGCAGAAGCUCACAUCCACCACCGGUGUGUCAACAGAGACAGCGCCCUAUAUGCGGGAGCACUUUCAACGCCUCUGCAACGCCCUCGACACGCACUUUGAGCAGAACCCGGAGAUGCUGUUUCUUCUUGGGACACCGCACCCCACGUUGGCAGACGUCGCCCUCGGUGCCGCAUUCUCUGCCAAUUUUUUGAUGGACGACCCGCCCGCCUCCCUCCUGGCGCAGAAGUACCCGCAUUUGAAUCGCUACCUUGAAAAUGUGACGGGGUGGCGCGGGGGUGUAUUUGUCAGUGAGGAACAUGCAAAACAGUCAAGCAGAAGCGUAAGCGCCGUGCCAGGAUGUGCAAAAACCGACGGUUACGUGGAUGUCGUCCCCGAUUCCCUGUCGAGUUUCCUCCAGUUAAUUGAAGAGGUAUUACCCUUCAUGCUGUCGCAGUGUGUCGCCUUUCAUGCCUUCAUGGCGGGCGAUGGCGUGCGGCACCUCAAGAAGGAGCCGCUUGAGAGACCCUGGGAGGGCUGUAGCGGAUACCUCAUGCCGCAGGUCACUGACGUUAAGUCCCUCAUGAUUAUUGACAAUGGUAUCUACACCGUGAGCGCACGGGCGCAAGAUCUGGAAGUGGCUCUGCUCGCCGCCCGCGAGGUGGUCGACGACGAUGAUGACGAUAAUGAAGACAAUAACGACGUGGAAUCUUUCGGCAGUGUGCCGAGUAGCCGAGAGACUUCUUCUGUUGAUUCUGCUGUGAAAGACACUUCUGUCGUCAAUUCAUCGACGCUUGUCAGGGAAAGUACAGCGACACGUGCAGUGGUGUCGUCUCUUCAAUCAUCGAGCCCAGCUGUUGAGGGCCCUGACGCUCCUAGCGAUGAGAUGCUGGCGGACGACGCGGAUUUUCACCGUGUGUUCACAGCGGCGAGUGGUCGUGCGCACAGCGUGCUGCAGCCACGUCGGGCAUCGGGGCAAUUGGGCCAGACCAUGAUGGAUUCCCGCCUCCAUGCGCUACGGAGCAUGUUGUGCAAGAUGCACCACCCUCACUACACGCUAUCCAGCGUCUUCCACGGACGCAAAAUGUACGUGGCCGUCAUACCUGAGCACGAGGUGGCGCGAAAGCGCAACAAGCGGUGA